AUGUCGCGGAGCGCCAAGGCUGUUCUGGGACUGUCGAUCCUGCUGACUGCAGCCACCGUGGCAGGCGUGCAUCUGAGGCAGCGGCAGGACCAGCAGAGACUUCGUGAAGGAGUGAUCAGAGACAUUGAGAGACAGAAUCGGAAAAAAGAAAACAUCCGUCUUUUGGGAGAACAGAUUAUUUUGACUGAACAACUUGAAGCUGAAAGAGAGAAGAUGUUAUUGACAAAAGGACCUCAAAAACCAUGA